AUGUCUGAAUCAGACUAUGAAGACCCACCUCCACUUUAUAUCAAGGUCCAAAAUACAUCCAUGCCAGUGCAUGAAACAUUGGUACCUCCUAGCCAUUCAGAGGCAGAGAGCUUGAACGUACUUGAGAAUGCCACAAGAAAGUUCCCGCUCACCACCAUGAAGGGCUACUUCAAACGGAACAAUAAAGACACUCAGGCUCCCAGUGCUUUUGAACUAGGCACAACCGAAAAUAACUCGAGGCUCUUUGCUGUAUCCACUUCUUCCAACGAAUUCACCAACAGCCUAUCAGUGACACUGCAUGACGGUGCUACUCAUGAAGCCUCCAUCUUGGCAACACUCACAGCAAAUGAAUGGGGACUCAGAGGAACCAAGCCAUGUCUUUUCCAUCUCCCUGUUCGUCCGGGCAGCUUGUACAAAAGGGAAAUUGUGAAGCGUAUGAUACCUCGUUCAAAAAAGUUCACAGCUCGGAAGCCAAUCUGGAACUUUUCCGCUCUUAUAACUUCAAAAGAUGGGACUCAAGAUGUGGAGGAAAUUUUUGAGUGGCGCAGUAGCGGUGGAAAGGAAGUCGAGGAAAUUGCUACGGGUUACAGGUAUGGUUGGAAGUUGGUUCGAGUAUCAGGGCCAAACAGUGGAUCUGGUGGCCCCAGAAAAAAGCGAGACUUUGGAUUCACCAGUGACGGACUGGACAUAGUAGCUGUGGCUACUCAUAAUCCUUCAAGGUGCAUGGACAAAGCAUUGCGGUUUUCCUUUAUGAGGACUGGGCUUACCGGAGAGCUUGGAGAGGGUUGGGAGAUCAUGGCUGUUGUUUCAGCUCUGCAGCUAUGGUAUUGGCGUGCUCAGGAAAUUGCCGCCCGGAGAGCUGCUGCUCAAAGAGCUGCUAGAAAGGAUGACUGGGUUGAUGAUCUAUUGCUUAUGAGUAUGCUAACUUCUGCCAGCCUGACUUAUUGGUAG